AUGGCCGAAGUCAACCCCCACCAGUCCACCGCCGAGAUCCUGUUCAAGGACAUCUCCGAGAGAAGACUCCCGACCGACCCACAAACCCUCAAGGACUUCUUCUUCGACCGCUGUAUCACCAUCAAGGGCCAGGAGAAGCUGCUCUCCGUCUAUGCCCUCCUCAUGGAAGGAAUGGAACCGGCCAUCCCCCCUGCCCAGCUCCAGGCCUGGGCCGCUGAGGGUGACCUCGAGCUUGGCAACCACAUCGGUACCACCUUCUCCAGACUCAAGCAGAACAAAUUCUCAGCCGGACUUGUUGCCUGGUUCGACUACAACCAGUACAUCUGGAACCUCAAGGACGUCGACGCGGAGCUCGCCGCCCACGCCGAAGAGAUCAUGGGCGCGCUCGCCGGUCCUGCUGAUGACGAUGGAUACAUGGCCCGCAUCCCGGUAUUCAUGGAGGGCCAGGCCCGUCUCCGCCACAAGAAGGAGGCGCUCGAGGCCAAGGGCGAGUAUGUCCGCACUGUCCGCGGCACGUGCUUCAGCUCGGUGCCCAAUGUGGACCCGAAUGGACCUCCCGCGGCUGGCCAUGCCAUCUUCUGCCCCGAUGGCUUCAAUGGCGUGCCUCUUAGCGAGAUCGCCCGCGCGAUGCAGAGUAUGCCUGGUGUGGCUCCUCAAGACUUGCGCACCAUGCAGACCUGGUUCUUUACCCGCUGCCAGACCUACGACCAGGCCUUCAACCUGCUCCGCAUCUACCAAACCCUACUCAUUGACCUCGACUUCACUCCGCGUGAGAUCGAGGGCUGUCUGGCGCAGGGCAAUCUCGGCCGCAACAUCGUGAUGCACUUUGAGAACAACUUGGGAAAGAUCUCCGAGGCCUGA